AUCUGGAUUCUUGCCACCUUUGAGAACUUGAUAACAAGGGCUUUUGGUCAGUGAUGCGGCAAAGUGGGGCGAGACAAAACACACUUUAACUUCACUCCAUCCUGGGAAGUCAUAGCUCUGCCUGCUUUUGUGGCGAGAACGCAGAAGCGUGAACUUUGUGUUAUCUAGUUUACUUUGAAUAAUGGUUGCUUUCUCUGCCGACCUCGUGGGCUUAAGAAUCUUUGUUUCUUGCAUUGGACUUGUGGGUAAUGUAUUUCUCAUCCUCUCCAUCGCACAGACCAGGUUCUCGCGAGUUAAAUCCUUUGAGUUGUUUCUUUUGGGACUGGCUGUAGCCAACUUGGAGGAAAUUCUCAUCGUGAACAUCUAUGAUAUAAUCAUCCUCCAGAGUUCCUCCGCCACCACCGGCACUUUGUCGUGUCGCUUACUCAAGUUCCUGACUGUGUUUGGUGAAAUUACCAGCAUCCUCUACACAGUCCUCAUCAGCAUCUUCCGCUACCAGAAGCUAAAAGACGCCGACAAGAGGGUCAACCUCCCGAUCUACCUAGACAGCAUCAGGUCAGCCUGGAUGGUGAGUGGGGUUUGUGUGAUGCUCUCCUUGCUACUGAGUGUCCCCAUUUUUGCCAUAAACAUUCAAAGCCCUGUGGAAAACAUCACAAGAAACAACACCGGCUGCCCUCCAGACUUCUUUCAGUGUAGUGAAAAGAAUUGUCCCAUAUUCAACCGCUUUUACAAGUACCUGUUCAUCCUGCUGUGCAACCUGCUGCCCUUAGUGAUCGUCACAGUCACCAGCUGCCUCAUCAUCACAGUGCUGCUGGGCCAGAGGAAGACGGUGGUACCAGUGGUGAGCGUGAGCGGGUCGAGUCAGUUUGGCAGGAAGAGCAAAGGUCCGGGGCUCCAGAGAAGCACGAUAGCUGUGCUUGCAGCUAUGGGGUUGUUCCAGGUGGACUGGACUAUCUACCUGAUCUUCCAGCUGACUGUUAGCCCCACUGACUUUCCUUAUUGGGCUGAAAUUGAGUUCUUUAUCUCAAUUUCCUAUACAUCCAUCAGUCCAUAUGUGUACGGGAUAGGGAAUAACCUGUUCUCUCUAAGGAACUUUAAGAAGAAGUAAUUUAUAGCUUUUCUGCAAGCUAGACUUGUGUUUGAAAUUCUUGUUUUUACUGAUAUAUAUUUUUGCUUUUUGUAAUUACAUUGUUUACAAGCUGACAAUAUUAAGCCUAUGUCACUCACUCACUGAGUUAGAAUUUUUUUGUAAUUUUGAACCUUAAUUUAAAUCUAAUUUAAAAAAAUAUAUUAAAAAAUUCCACUGGUACAAAUAACGCUUUAAAUCAAUUUUGUUUUCAGACCCAUUUUAUGU